UGCACAAUAAUGACUGAUGGUUGGACAGAUAAGAGAAGAUGGACCAUCCUAAAUUUUUUGGUUAAUAGUCCUAAAGGGACUGUUUUUCUAAAAUCUAUUAAUGCCUCUCAUAUUACUAAGACAGCUGAUAAAAUCUUUAAAAUGAUAGAUGAUGUAGUUGAAGAGGUUGGUGAAGAAAAUGUCAUCCAAGUUGUCACCGACAAUGCGGCUAACUACAAAGCUGCAGGAGAAAUGCUAAUGAAAAAGAGAAAAAAGUUGUUUUGGACGCCUUGUGCAGCACAUUGCAUUGAUUUAAUGUUAGAAGAUUUGGAAAAAAAAGUAACACUUCACAAGGAUACAAUUUACAAAGGUAGAAAGAUUACUACUUACAUAUAUGCUAGAACUGCUCUUAUUGCACUACUACACAUCCACACUAAGGGGAAAGAUUUGGUGAGGCUGGGUAUGACCCGUUUUGCAACUUCUUACCUUACUUUGGGAUGUCUCAAUGACAACAAAGGUUCCUUAAUAAGAAUGUUUUUUUCUGAUCAAUGGACUUCUAGUAAAUUUGCAAAGACAAAAGAUGAAAAGAUAAUUGCAAGUGUGGUGUUAGAUAAGGUGUUUUGGAAAGAAGUGGUAAUUUGUUUGAGAGCUGCCUACCCUCUUCUUCAUGUGCUUCGUAUGGUGGAUUCAGAAGAAAAGCCGGCAAUGGGAUUUAUUUAUGAAGAAAUGACAAGUGCAAAGGAGAAAAUACGAGAUGCAUUUCAAGGAGUUGAGACAAAUUAUAUACCUAUUUGGGAUAUUAUUGAUGCAAGAUGGGGCAACCAACUUCAUAGGCCAUUGCAUGCUGCAGGCUAUUAUUUGAAUCCUCAAAUUCAUUAUAGCUCUGGUUUUAAAAUUACUUAUGAGCUUAAGAAGCAGUUUUAUGCUUGUAUGGAAAAGAUGACAGGAAAUCCAGAUUUAAUCACUAAGAUGGAUGUUCAACUUGAAGAUUUUAAGACUCGAAAAGAAUUUUUUGGUAGUAAAGUAGCUCAAAAUGCAAUUUAUACUAAAACUCCAGCUCAAUGGUGGGAUUCUUAUGGAGAUCAGCAUCUAGAGCUCCAACAAUUUGCAAUUCGUGUCUUGAAUUUGACAUGUAGUUCAUCUGGAUGUGAACGUAAUUGGAGCACUUUUGAGAUGGUUAGUAAUUAAAUAUAAGUUGCAUUUUACUUUUAUAAAUUUGGUUGUUAAUUCUUCAAUUCUAUCUUGUUGUUUGACUAAUAUUUUUUAUCUACUUUUGAAAGGUUCACACAAAAAGG